AAAAUAAAAUUAGUCUUAUGUUGCCAUAAAACAAAACAUGGAGUUCAGUAUUGAACGUGCUUGAAGUUUUUAUCCUCGUGGAGGCUGUUUGUUGUCUUUGUUAUAAAACCUCCAAAACUUUAUUCCUAGGAACACACAAGAUGUAUUUUUCUCUGUCCCUCGGUUCAGGGCUUUUGCCCAUGAGAUUAAGGGUUGUUGCUGAUGGGUUUGGGUUACCUUCAUUUCUUCCUAAGGAGGCUAAGAAAAUUCAAGACCCUUUUGCUCGAAAAUUAGCCAUGCGGAUUGAGAGACUACCCGUACAUGUUAGGUUCUCAGAAAAUCCCAUUAUGAGUAGCUGUGUGAAGCCACUGAUGCAGACCAAGGAAACUCCAGUUGUUCUUCUACAUGGUUUUGACAGCUCAUGUUUAGAAUGGAGAUAUGCAUAUCCAUUGCUUGAGGAAUCUGGUUUUGAGACAUGGGCUGUUGACAUUCUUGGUUGGGGUUUCUCUGAUUUAGAAAAACUUCCACCUUGUGAUGUGGUGUCAAAGCGUGAUCACUUCUAUCAGUUUUGGAAGUCCUACAUAAGAAGGCCAAUGAUGUUGGUUGGACCAAGCCUUGGCUCUGCUGUUGCUAUUGACUUUGCUGUCAAUUAUCCUGAAGCUGUGGAAAAGCUUGUUUUGAUUGAUGCUAGUGUAUAUGCAGAGGGAACCGGAAAUCUGGCCACCUUACCUAGAGCUGUAGCUUAUGCUGGGGUAUAUUUACUGAAGAGCUUUCCAUUGCGCUUACUUGCCAACUAUUUGAACUUCACUAACCUAUCGUUCAGCACCAGCCUUGAUUGGACUAAUGUGGGCCGCUUGCAUUGUUUAUUGCCUUGGUGGGAUGAUGCUACUGUAGAUUUUAUGACUAGCGGUGGUUACAAUGUUGCUUCCCUGAUAAACAAGGUAAAGCAGAAAACACUGAUAAUAUGGGGAGAAAAUGACCGCAUCAUCAGCAAUAAGUUUGCAGUGCAAUUACACUGUGAAUUACCUGAUGCCAUUGUACGCCAAAUACCCAAUUGUGGGCACCUUCCUCAUGUGGAAAGACCAGAUACUACUAUCAAAUUAAUUGCUGAAUUUUUGCAGAGAGAGGCCAAGAAAUUAAAUCAAUGUGUUUCACAAGUAUGAAGGUUGAACAUCUUUUUUGCCCUUCUCUAACAAAGAAGGCAACUUAGCAAUUUGACUUUUGGCAAACCAGCCGGUGAUGGAGCUAAAUAAGUUUUCGGAAUGCUCCUUCCCUAACUAUAGUUGUAGAGUAAGAUAGAAUCAAUGUUGCUGCAGCAGUAGCCUAAUGCUGUUUUCAAUGCAGAAGCCUUUCUCAUAUUAUGUACUGAACUGUUUACUUGAAUAUUAAAGAGAGUUUU